GAGAAAAGUAAGCAUCCUGCGGCUGUUAUGACAUUCAGCUGUUUUUUUCUAUAAAGGAAUGCAUUGAAUUCACUACAAAUCUACUAACUACUCCCCUAUGCCAGGCAAGAGAUUUUUUUUUUUUUUUUUUUUUUUCUUGGUUGGGCUUUUCUCUAACAGCUGGAGGUCUGGUGGGCAUUCAUUCAAUGGCUGUUGAGUAGGGCAGCUGUUUCACUAUCUAAUUGCACUUUAAUAACUCAAGUGGAAAACAUUGCAUUACCUACCAUGAGCUACUUCCUGUCCUACUGCAAAGCGCACUGCACUGCUGUGCUCUCCCAGUACCAGACCCUGAGAUCAGAGGGCUUUCUGUGUGAUAUUUUGCUGAAAGUGAAGGAAAACGAGUUUCCUGCACAUAAGUCCUUGCUGGCAUGCUCCAGUGACUAUUUCCGAGCAAUGUUCAAAAGUUACACCCGGGAAUCUACAGCCAAUGUGAUUCAGCUGCAAGUCGUUUCACCCACCGGUCUCCAGCAUGUGCUGGAUUUCAUUUACACUUCUUUGCUGCCCCUUUCCUUUGAAAGCCUGGAGGAGACCUUGGAAGCUGCAAGCUACUUGCAAGUUACAGAUGCUAUUGGCUUGUGCAAUCAAUAUUUAGUUAACAACCUUACCUUGGAAAACUGCUGCUUCUCUGCCAACGUCGCCAGGAGGUUCUACCUACCAGAUGCCCUAGUUGCAACAGAAAAUUACAUUGUCAACAAUCUCUGGAAGCUGCUGGACUUGGAUUUGGCAGGACUGCUUGAGCUGAACUUCAGGACUUUGCUAGCGGUAGUGGAAUCCCCAGAUGUCCCCAUGGUGAAGGAAACCCGCCUGUUGAAUCUUGUGCUGCUGUGGUUGAAGCAGGAUAAAUCCAGGCUGACUCAUGGAAGCAGCCUUUUGGAGCACAUUAGAUAUGGUCUCAUCCCAGUGGAAGAGCUAAGAAAAACCUACACGCAGUCAGAAGUGCCCCUCACCCCAGGUAUUAAGUGCCUGAUCAUUAAAGCAAUAAAUUACCAUACAUCUGUUUUCAAACAGCCCAUCUUGCAGGAUAAAUCCACCACGCUGAGGAACCAGAAAACUCGGAUCAUUCUGCUGGGGGGAGGGACGGCAAACGAUGGGCUCGUCACUGAAGUGGUGGCCUUUGAUGUUUACAAUCACAAAUGGAGACCUCUUACACAGGUGCAGGACAGGGUACAGAACCACAGCGUGUGUGUGGUGGGGAAUUUCCUUUAUGUCUUGGGUGGGGAAAUAGAGGGUGGCACUCCGGGUGACGCUGACAGGGACAAGAUUUUAUCGGUUACGAACAAGGUCCAUCGCUUCGAUCCAAGGUUUAACACAUGGACCCAAAUCACGGGCAUGCUGGAAAAAAGAUGCCAGUUUUCCUGUUGUGUCCUAGGCAAUGAUAUCUUUGCAAUUGGUGGACGGGGUGAGAAUGGGUCUCUGCAUUCAUCUGUGGAAGUCUACAACAUCAGCAGGGACAGAUGGACAAAGGCCAGGGAAUUGCCGUGCAAGAUACAUGGCCAUGCCAGUGCUGUUUGCAAGAGUAUUAUAUACAUCUCAGGUGGCAAAUAUGCAGACCCAGCCAGCACAAGCAAGGACGUUUAUUCUUUGAGCUCGCUUGAGGGGCAGUGGAUAAAACAAGCCCCCAUGAGCAUAGCUCGGUUUGGGCAUCAGAUGGCAACAAUCAGAGAAGCCAUAUUCACAUUUUUAGGUUUAUAUGAACCAUUCUCUGAAAUAGAAAGGUAUGACCCCGAUCAAAACCAAUGGACUCGUUUAAGGCCGCUGAUCUAUGACCGAUUUUGCUAUGGCCUGGCAGUGGUAGAGGAAACGGCUCUUCUUAUUGGGGGAAAGAAAUGGCAAGACUCGCGGGAAGUCCCCACGCAAGACGUGGUUGGCUACGAUAUCGACAACGAUGGCUGGGAGGAGAUCUGCAAAGCCCCCCUGCCAUGGAGUGGGCUGCAGUGUGCAGUGCUGCAGCUCACAGAAGUGGCUGAUGAACGGGACAGUGAUACCCUGCAAAAGAAGCCGCUGAACUGCGGUGUUGCAGAAUAAUCAUCCCAGAAGAAGAGCCAGCAGGGCACCCCUGGAGAAGAAGAAAAUUGCAAUGGCACUGGAUGUGACACAGUUGAGGUUCUGCUUUGAUAAGCAAGAUGCUGGGUGGAAACAGGCAAGAAAGUUUGGCUGCAGCCUGGGAAAAGGUGCUGUGAUUCAUAGAGCUGAAAGCCAGAUGUAGCAAGUCGCAGGUUUGAAGGAGAUGAGCUAGGAUCGUAAACCUGGACUUUUAUUUGAAGAAUAAUACCUAGACAGCAAUUAAUAGCUGUUGCAAGUCAGAUUUUUCAAAGGUUAAAAAGAUAUAAUCAAUUUUUUCUGUUUUCUUAAUCAGAGGUAAUUUUCCCAGUUGGUAAGUGCUAUCAAAUUGCUGUGCUAUGGCUAAGCAAAAUGAAAGUGAGAUGUAUAAAGACUAGAAAAUUGAUGCCUAUGAGAACUAAUAACAAGUAGUGCCAAG